AUGGCUGAUUAUGGAUCUGUGUGGAGGAAUGACAGUGGCUCUGGUGACAAGGAGUCUGUGGUGGGCAGUGUGGAGCUGGUCCUGGUUCCAGUGAUGGAUGUCCUGAUCCUGGUGCUGGGUGUGACGGGGCACUCCUUGGUGAUGAUCAUCCUGUGUGGUCGUCGUAGAAGAAGGGCAGGUCCGGGAGGUCAACCCAACCAGGGGACCAUGACAGGGACAGGGACGGACACCCUCCUGCUGGCCCUGAGUGCGGCCGACCUCCUCCUUCUAUCCAUGCUGCCCUUCCACACCAUCGCAAUAGCGAUGCAGCACUGGCCCUUCGGGGACUUCCUGUGUCGGCUGGUGAGCUUCCUGGGCGCCGCCUGCUCCUCGGCUAGUGCCUUCACGCUGGCCGCCCUGGCCGUGACGCGGUAUCUGACCGUGGUGGAGCCAACCCAGGCCUACCGCCUUCUUACUCCUCGCCGCGUGGCGCUGACCUCCGCUGCUCUCUGGCUUCCCGCUUGUGCCAUGGCUGCCCCACAGCUGGCCUUCCGCUCCGUGGGUGCCCAGCACAUCAACCCCGACGGCCUGGCUUGCUUCAACUUCCUGUCGCACAACGGCCAGCUGGCCUAUGGUGCCUGCCACUUCCUGCUGUCCUUCGCCCUGCCACUGGGCGUCAUCGCUGUGGCCUACGGCGGGAUCUACUUGUUCUUGUGGCGGAGUCGGAGGGACAGCCGGGUGCCCCAAGUGGAGCGAUACCAGCGGAAGGUGACCCAAACCUCGGCCCUGCUAGUGCUGGCCUUUACCCUGUGCUGGCUGCCCUCCUACGGCCUGACCUUUGCCCUCCUGGGGGGAGGCAGCCAUGGGGCCACGGGGUCAUCACCUCGCUACGGGCCCUUCAGUGUGUUCGCCCGCCUCAUGGCCACCUCCUCUACCGUGGCCAACCCCAUCCUCUAUGUCCUCAUGUCCCAGAAGUUCAGACAGGACCUGCUGGAGCUGGGUCGCAGAGGGGCCAGGAGUGGGGGUCCGUAA